GAUGUCUGCGAUAAUCACUUGAUUUAUCACUAUUUCAUGUAUUGGUGACCAGAUUUGGUGAUCCAUUCACACCAUUCACACCAUAAUGUCGUCCAAAAUGAAAGGCAAGAAAUGGUCGACUGACUCGAGAGGUCACUCCAGAAGUGAUCCAUCGUUUGAUUUGUUAGAAUUGUCUCAACUCUUGCGCAAAGAAUACACGUUUGUCUCAAACGAAAGAAAUAAUUUACAAAAACUCAAUGAAAAGGUGGUGACGGCGUCGUCGCGAGUGUUCAACACGUGUUAUAUAUCGCGCGAACAGCGGUCUCACAGCGAAAGACUGAUAUCACACGGAAGUGCGGAUCUACUGAAUUGUUGCAAUGCUUUCAAUCGCUUAGAAUGUCUUCAUUUCGUCGACGCCUACAAGAAGUUGGGCUCAAAUGAGCCACAAAUCAAAAAUGAGACCCGAAUUAGUGGAGAAUAUUUCGCAAACAAUUUUGUCGAGUCUUUACUCCAAUUGUAUCCUAAAUGA